UCUUCAUUAUUUCCAAAAUUUUCAAUUGGCCUUCGUGCUUUGAUUUGACAUAUGUACUUAUAUAUUUAGUCUCUCUCUUCUUUUCUUUUCUUGCUCUCUAGGCUUUUUAGCCAGGCUAUGUUAUGAUUCCAUUUUUUUCUUUAAUUUUGAAUUAUGGGAUAUGGACAAGAUCAUAAGACUAUAGAAUCGAAAAACCCUUUUUUUUUUUCUUUCGAGUACCGUUCUCUUCUCUCAAAAGUAAACCCUAGUCUUUUUUCAGAUCUGUGACCGGGAAGUCACUCCGGUAGUUGGCGCUUCUCGCCGACGCCGUGAGUGGUUUCCCCUUUCGUUUUGUGCUUUUGUUUUAUGGUUCUGCUUUUCAUCUUUCUCUUGUAUUUCAUUGGAGAAAAGUUUACUUUGGUGGAAAUAGUAGAUCUUCACGGCGAGGGUGUUUGGCUAUGUUGGUGGUCAGCUUCUCCAGAGAGGAUUGUUGUUGGGUGUCCGAGAUCUGUAGAUCUGGCGGGUGCUCUGUUCUUGUUGGCGGAUCUCGAGGUUUGGUUCUUCGUGAAUCCAUGGCCAUGGUCUCCUCUGUUUCUGUUGUUCGGUAAGCCGGUCUUCUGGCCGUUCUUCUUCGACGCGUUGCUAGAGUUAGAUGGAAUCGUUUUAGUUGGUUGUUGGUAGUGGCAGUUUUAUGGUGUUCCUUAGUAGUAUCGAGCAGAUUUAGUAGCUUUCGAUUGGGAUGUCUCGACUCCUUUCUAGGCAGAAGUUUCGUUUUGUUUGAAUAUGAUGGUAGAAUCUUAAAUUUGCAGAGUUCAUUUUUCUUCUUGUUGUGCUUAGUGGGUGAUAGCUUUCUCCUUUUUCGUCGGUUUCGUUUAUGAGAUUGGUGUUUCUUCGAGAAGUUAAGUCUCGCUCCUCGCGUUUUGAAGACUUCUAGUUUGACGUUCUUGGGCGUAUCAACGUCGUCGUCACUUCCGGAAGUGAGUGGUCUUGCUUGCCGUGUUAUGAAGUCCCUGGUCCUUGGUUACGAGAGAUUGGCUCUCAUCGUGUUAGGAGGUGGUUGAUGUUAUUUUUGAGUUGGCCGUGGGCAUCCUUGUUUCUGGGGAAAUCUUGUUUUCCUCCGGCCUUAG